UCGUUAGUAAGCUGCCUUGGAAGUCCGCGAAGACUCAACUCCUGUAAAGAUGUCUGACGAAGGAAAACUUUUCGUUGGUGGGCUCAGCUACGACACCACUGAGCAGUCAUUGGAGGAAGCCUUCUCCAAAUAUGGGACCAUCUCAAAAGUUGAUGUGAUCAGGGAUCGGGAGACAGACCGCUCAAGGGGUUUCGGCUUUGUCACUUUCGAGAAUCCUGAAGAUGCCAAGGACGCCAUGUUUGCAAUGAACGGAAAGUCUGUUGAUGGCAGGAUGAUCAGGGUGGACGAGGCCGGCAAGUCUGGCGGCAGGUCCGGCGGAGGCUUCAGGAGAGGCGGCGGCGGAUUCCGAGGAGGCUUCCGUGGCGGACGCGGCAGAGGCGAGGGAGGCGGAAGCUACGGAGGUGACAGGAGCUAUGGCGGAGACAGAAGCUACGGUGGUGACAGAAGCUACGGCGGAGACAGAAGCUACGGAGGUGACAGGAGCUACGGCGGCAGCGACAGGAGCUACGGCGGUGGCGGCGGAGGCGGAUACAGGAGCAGCGGCGGAUACUCCUCUGGCGGUGGCGGAUACAGGGGGAGCAGAAAUUCAGAAGCAGAAUGAAGGGAACAUGAGGAAGUGGAGGCUAUGAGGGCGGCUCCUACAGAGACAGCUAUGACAGUUAUGCUGCACACGAGUAAAAAAAACUUCCUGGUUUCAAGAUCAUCCCCCUGCGCUGGCUGUAUUUAAAAAGAUGUGCUCUUCGAAGAUUUUUUUUUUUUUUUUUAAAUGGUGUGUCCUCCUGGUUCCUGCAUUCCAUCGAUCAUACUACAGAAAUGAAUCCUUUUUUUGUGUGUGUUAAUUGAGUUUUGUUUGUUUUUUCGAAAGGGAUCUCCAUCCUUAAAGGCAGUGCGAGAUCCUGUUGGAGUAUUGUUGUGAAACGUGAAUGACCAUGUAAAAGCUGUAAAGUUGAAAAUGCUCUGCUCUGCUCCCAUCAUCACAGCCCAAUAGCUUCUGGAAAUCUAAAUUCAGUCCUUCAACCACCAUUCAGAAUGUCUAGUUAGCAGCAGGGCCAGCAAAUCAUUUAAGUUUUUGUAUUUUUCAACUGGAUUUUUUUUAUGUUGACCCUGCUAUUUUUUGGAGGAAAAAAGAAAUUGAAAAUCCAUGUCUUUGAGAGAAGCUGGACUAGCUGUGAUGUGUUCUGUGCGACUUUCUUUCUGUAUUGCAUACCUUUACCUGUAGCAAGGCGGGUGUGCUCCUGAGGACUCGUAUGUUUCCCCGCAAACCUCCUUGGUAUGGCUAAAGAGUUUUGUGAACAUU